UCCUCCUCUAGCCGAAUUUUCUAUAUGCACACGAAACGCCUGUAAUCUAAUUGCAUUCUCAGUUUUUUCCCUGAGAUUACUGGAAAGAGAAAACCUCAGAAGAUUUCAUUAUUGUUCAAUGAAGUUUGGGAAGGAGUUUGUGGCACAAAUGGUGCAUGAAUGGCACGAGGCUUACAUGGACUACAACUUCCUCAAGACUAUGUUAAAAGAUAUCAUCCGCCACAAAGCAAGGCCAAAGCCUAAGCCUAUCCCCAACGCCAUUAAUCCUCCCAGCGGAGGGAUCAAAAGGGCCAUGACUUUCAGAUCCUUCAGCGGCCUCCUCAGACGCGAUAGCAUCAGUGAAGAAGAAAUUAUAGUGGUGAAAAGCCAGGAGGAGGACGGGAACGAUUCGAUUGAAACGAUGUUCUCAAGGACUGCAGAGCAAGGGACUGAAUAUGAAGUGCUUUUCUUCAAGAGAUUAGACGAGGAGCUUAACAGAGUGAACAGGUUUUAUCGUGGCAGAGUGGAAGAGAUUGUCAAGGAAGCGGCUGAAUUGAAUAAACAAAUAUCAUCUCUGGUUGCCUGCAAAUAUAUCGUACGCAAUAAACCUGGCCAAGAACUUGAGAACAGUGAUAUUGCCGGAAACACACCUCCAAAUCCUGAGAAACGAUCAGGUCCUGUUCAUAUGGAAGAAAUAAAUGAUGUAAGAUUAAGGAUUACACCAAACACCCCGCCGUGUACCAUACUCAGCAUUCCCGACAGUCCAGACAAGAAGACAUUAUACAAAAGGGAUCUCAGGAGAGCCAACAAAAUGGUCCGCACUGCUUGUAUUGCAUUUUAUCAGAAAUUGACACUAUUGAAAAGCUAUAGUUCACUCAAUCUGUUGGCUUUCUCCAAAAUUAUGAAAAAAUAUGACAAGAUCAGUGGAAGACGAACAUCACGAUCUUACCUCAAUAUUGUCGAGAAAUCUUAUCUAAUAAGCUCAGAAGAGGUUAAUACAUUACUGAAGAGAGUUGAGGAAAUGUUUACAAAACACUUUGCAACUGGAAUUCAUAGCAAAGCUGUGAAGAUAUUAAGACCAACAAGGAAAAGGAAAAGACACAGUCUUACCUUUUUUAUAGGAUUUUUUACUGGUUGCUCUAUGGCCCUCUUAGUGGCACUUAUUCUGCUUGUAGUGGUUCAAAAUGUUUACAAUGAUAAAGAGGCUAGUCGCUUUAUGGAGUCUGUUUUCCCUCUAUACAGCAUGUUGGGCUUUAUUUUCGUGCAUAUGUUCAUGUAUGGAGCAGAUUUGUACUUUUGGCAAUACUUCCGAAUCAACUACCCCUUCAUCUUUGAAUUUAAUUGGGGGACUGAGCUAGGAUUCAGAGAACUGUUUCUAAUCGCCACAGCUCUCUCCGUAAUGACAUUGUCUGGUGCUAUUUUGAACUUAAACUUGGGUACAAAAUCUCUGUCAAUACCUGGAGAUUUUGUACCAUUGACUUUGGUUGUGGUUCUGUUGCUAGCACUAUUUUUACCUUUCAAAAUUCUUUAUCAGUCAAGCCGACUUUUCUUGCUUCGGACUGCACUUCACUGUAUAUUUGUCCCUUUUUACAAGGUUUCACUUCCUGACUUUUUUCUGGCAGAUCAAUUAACCAGUCAGGUACAGGCAAUAAGGGUUUUUGAGUACUUCAUAUGCUACUACAGCUCGGGAGACUUUAAAAGAAGACAGACUGAUUAUUGCACAAUCAAAGGAAAUAAUAUGUAUACCAUCUUCUAUUUUAUUGUAGCAGUCAUCCCUUAUUGGAUUCGAUUUCUUCAGUGUAUGCGGCGCUUGGUUGAAGAAAGUGAUGUAUUACAAGGAUAUAAUGCUUUAAAGUACUUGUCAACAAUUUUGUCUGUUGUAAUUAGGACAGCAUAUGAUCAGACAAAACGCCGAAGCUGGAAAAUAGCGUCUUUUUUUAUGUCAUCAAUUGCAACAAUUGUUAGUACAUAUUGGGACCUUGUUAUUGAUUGGGGACUCUUACAGCGCAACUCACAAAAUCCUUGGUUAAGGGACAAGCUUCUUAUAAAAAAUAAAAGUAUAUAUUUUAUAGCCAUGGUAACCAUUGUAAAGUAUUCAUUUUUUUAA